GUCGCCGUUCACAAAUCAACCAUAUAUAUCAAAAAUAGAAAAGUUGACGUUCCUAACAUUGAACACUCCCACUUUGUCUGCCAUUUUCUAUUUUGUCUCAGCGCGCAAAGGUAAGCGAUCAGGCCUUCCAGACGCAAGAAGAUCGGGAUGAACUGGAGGAUACUUUUGGCAUUAAUACUAGUGCUUGUGAAAGGCACUGUGGCCAUGGUGGGCAUGCCAGAUGACUUUGUUGAACCAAAUGAAGAUGAUUUCAAAAGAGUGUAUGUAGACAUGAUUUCACUUACGCCUUUCGAUCCUUCUCCAUAUUCAGCGAAACAGCAGGAAUGUCGUAGAUUGAACAGCGUAAAAAUCCUGCCCGCAGGAUUGACGGAAGAUCUUCUCUGUCAGCAUAUUAUUCGCUUCUUCAGAUGGCAGAUGGUACAAUUAUCGCACGUCAGCGAAAAGGUCAGAAAUGUUUACAUAAAGUUACAUGAAUGGUCCGUCAGACAUCAUCCAUUAGAUAUAAUGAGAGUGACACAGCGCAACAGGAUGACCGCCACUUUUAACGAUGCUGAAAAACACAGCCUCGCAAAUCUGGUAGCCCUCAUCUCGAGUUAUGUGGAUUCGGACCCGGUUCUCAGAGCCCAUCGUGAAAGAUGUAAAGCUUUUCAGUUCAGUUAUGGGGAGCUGAAAUAACUAAGAUAGCAUUCUUGGCUGAAACUGGAAGUUCUAAAAGUCUCCAAUUCACAAAUGUUAUCAACUGACUUUGUUUAUCUAUGCCAUUAUAUGGUUUCAGCGUAAAUCGGAAUAAAGGUUGCACGUCUCUUCAAA